UCGCCUCAGUUUGGUCACUUUAGCGCGCCCAUCACGCAUUGAUACCAACCUGUCGUCAUGCUGCCUAGCUUCUCCAAGCUGGCGCUCCGACCUGCGACCAACCCCCUGAGCUCCACUCAGAGGCUGGCCGCUGUGUCGUCCCUGUCUUCUCGGAACUUUGCGACCGCCUCCCCCAACAACAAGGGCCUGCGCCGGCCGGUCCCGCUCACCCUGGGCUCUGUGACCGAGCAGGCCCGGUCCCAGGUCUCGCACAAGAAGAAUCCGCCUCAGGGCAGGACGGUCGAGUUCAAGGGCAUGCACGUCUUUGGCACUUCGCCGGCGCACCACCUGAUCAACCUGAACACGCUCUUCCGGCUGAAGGCCCACCGCGGCCUUGAGCGCAGCACCUGGCACUUCAACAACCGCCCCUACGUGCUGGGUACCCGCAAGAACCGGACCAUCUUCAACCUGGACUACACUCUGCUGAAUCUGCGCCGCGCUCUGUCCUUCAUCGAGGAGGUUUCCCGCCUCAAUGGCCAGAUCCUGGUUGUCUGCAACAACCUGCUGUACCGUGAGCUCAUCACCAAGAAGUGCCGCGAGGCCGGGCUCUAUUACGUGGUCAACCGCUGGAUUCCCGGUACCCUGACCAACCGGCAGAUUAUCCUGGAGAACCCCAACCACCUGCCGGAUGCGGUGGUCGUCUUCGACCCCAACUCCCAGGAGGCUCUCUUCAAUGAGUGCCGUCUGCUGAACAUCCCGGUUGUUGCCUUCUGCAACUCCGACGUCAACCCCCAGCAGUUCGCCUACCCGGUCCCCACCAAUGACCGGUCCCACACGCUGGUGGAGUUCUACCUGGACUCGGUGAUCCAGGCCAGCCGCACGGCCAAGGUCCUGAACCGCUUCCGCCGUGUGCCGGAGUUCUCGCAGUCCUUCGCCAACAUCGCCAGUAUGGAGCGCUUCGGGCACCCGUACCUGCUUGGCAGCAACUCGCCGAUGCGCAUUUCCGACGAGUACCUGCGUCUCAACCCGCACCUGCUGACCGGCGCCCAGUCCUCCGAUCGCCACCAGUAUGCGGACCUCUUCCCGGUGGAGGCCAGCCUCAUCGGGACUCCCAUCAACACGCCCAUCAGCCAGGCCGCCCUGCGCCGCGGUCUGGCCCCCAACGCCACGGUGCUGGAUGUCAUCCGCCAUGAUGGCCCGCUGCCGGUCGGGUGCCAGGAGGCCCUGCGGGUGCUGACGCGCCUGGCCCCCACCAUUUCCCACGUGCAGUACCGCGUCAUGCUGAACAUCUUCCAGUACCUGGAUGCGGCGCGCGUGACGCCGGAGCUGGUCAAGGCCUUCACCGGCGCGGUGCUCAGUGACCCGUUGCUGGCGCGCGAGGCGGCCACCUGCGCCGACCUGACCCCGGCCACCACCAACAUCGACAUCACCCUGCGCUCGUUGUACAACCAGCUGGAGGAGUUUGUCCAGCUCGACCCGCAGGACCAGCUGCACUACUUCUUCACCAACCAGCUGCCCCCGCUGACCGGGUCGCUGCUGGACAGCCAGCAAAUUGAGCGCGCGAUGGCGCGCAUCCCGGCCGAUGCGCCGCACCAGGAGCAGGCCUUCCUCUCGUACUGCACCCACUACAUGGGGUACUAUGCCAAGCCGGACCAGGUGGACCUGUCCGACACCCUGGCUCGCAUGGAGAAGGCCCUCGGCCCGGAGGUGUAUGCCAAGUUCAAGAUGGACGAGCGCCUUGCCAACUCCGAGUACGCCAACUCCCUGAUUGACCAGCGCCGCCGGCACAACCGGCGCCAGUCGGCCGCCUCGGCCGAUGGUGCUGAUGCCAAUGCUGGGGAGUCCGCCGAUGAGGGUGUUCCCGCGCUGGAGGAGCUGCUGCCGAUUACGCCCGGCGGUGAUGCGCCCGAUGCGCCGGUCGUGUCGGAGUCGGUCCUGCUGGAUCACUUCAUUCGCAUUAUGACGGAUUUGGUCCGGCGCAAGAUCCUCGGGGAGUUGGACUUCUCGGAUCCCCAGCUGCAGGCCUUCGCGCGGGCAUCCUUCACGCAGCAGGACGCCCGCCAGGGCGAGAGCACCCUGGCCAGCCUGCUGAACCUCCUGCCGGAUGGGGCCACCGAGGCUGGGUCCACCCCGCGCCCGGGGCAGCUGUUCGACGUGCUGCGCGAUGAGUAUCGCAUGCGCGAGGGGGUCAUGCCGGAUCUGCUGAACCCCAACAUCGGCAUGGAGAACCUGCAAACCACGCACAUGGUUUACGGGUCGGACUGGUGGCUGCAGGGCAAGCUGAAUACCGAUAACUCCAAGGGCCUGGCGGCGGCUGCCCGGCCGGGUACCGCCGUGUAUGACACGCUGGAGUCCAUCAUGGCGCGUGAGGGUGUGUCGCUGACGCCGCCGCCCACGCGUGGUGCGGCUCCGGCUCCGCUGGCGAUCAGCCCGCUGGAGCGCGUGCGCCUGGAUCUGGCCGUGCGCCACUGCAACAUCGCCUUCGAGAAUCUGGACCGCGAUGUGGUCGCCUCCGGGUCGCUGUCUCCGCUGGACGUCCUGUCGCGUUUGGGCCUGCUUCAUCGGGCCACGGCCGGGGACAGCCUCGGUGGCGAGGGCACCUGGCGCUUGGGCUUGGCCCCGGCGCCGAAGGAUCUCGAGCGCAUGGCCGGCCUGCCGGUGGAUCCGGCCAAGCCGAAUGCCGUGCUCCGCUAUGUGGAGGGUGCCUGGCGGCUGGAGCUGCCGCCGCACAUGGAGAACCUGGCCCAGUCCGUCCUGGAGGAUGAGCUGAUCAAUGAGCAGGAGCGCCGGGCCUUCGAGCCGAGUGGCAUUUCCGCCGGCGACCAUACCGAUCUGGAGGAGGGCUCGCACGACCUGAUCUCGCGCAUCUACAAUGUCGAUGCCCAUGCUCAGGCUGGGACCCUGGCCAAGUUCGAUCGGGAGCUCGGUGUCGACACGGACCUGAUCCGGACCUUCCCCUACCUGCGGCCGCUGCUCAGCUACCAGGCCGACCGGGUGAUCGGCCAGCAUGGCUCGUACAUGGACCCCAGGCCGCAUCUGCUGGCCCCGCGUGACAAGUCCAAGACCCGGGAGCUGGACAACUACCGGCCGCCCAACCGGAAUGCCCCGCGGCCCAAGCGCCUGCAGUUCUACCAUGAGACCGACCCGGCCGAGGCGCACCGGCUCACCGAGCGUCGUCUCCAGCCGGAGCCCUCGCCCGAGGAUGUGGCCCGCCUGGCCGGUGUCUUCCGGCGUGAGGAGGCGGACAAGGCCGCGGCCGAGGUCGCCGCCGCCGCCCCGGCCAACGGUGCCCCGGUCAUGAGCCUGGAGGCCUUCGCCGAGGGGCUGGUCAACGAGUCGGGUCGCCUCCAUCGGCCGGAGUUCGCCAAGCGCGUGGCCCUGUACACCCACCACUACCCCUCGGAUCAGGUGAAUGACUUGGCCCAGAGCUUCAUCGACACCUAUGUCAUGAACCCGUCCAAGCCCUUCCGCAUGUCCGCCGACGUCAACGGUCGCAUUCUGUGAUUGUGUGCGUGUUGUGUACGCGCGCGCGCGCGAGCGCGCAUCCCCGUGUGCAUAUAUCUAUAUGUGGUGUGUGCUGCUGCCGUCGCGCGCUCGUGAGGGUGGGAGAAGAGGGGCGUCGCCUCCUUGCUGUGUGCAUAUGCAUGCUCCUGUGCGCGUGCGCCAUUGCGUUGCGCUGCGUCGAGAGGGUGCCACGCUCCUCCUCCUCCUCCUCCCCUUCUUCCCUUUUCUUUUCCCCACUCCUUUCCCCUUCAUAUCUCCAUAUAUAGAAUACAGCCUCUUGUCUGA